CUACGCGUAGAAGAAAUAUAAACCCUAAAUCACACACUACAGAGAGAGAGAGACACAGACACUCUCUCAAACACACACAACACAGUGUGAUAUUAGCUGGCAAAGCCGUGUUCUUCUUCUCCUCCUCCUCGCCUAUCGAUCUACGAGGGGGGCUUCCCAGCCCUCUCUCUCUCACUCUGCUCCGAUCAAGGUGAUCGGUCGGUCUUGACAUGGAAGCAUAGCUUGUAUGUUGCCUUGUCUCGAAGGAGUUUGAGUUUUUUGGUUUUUUGAGAACUUGGAAGUGUAGAGAUUAUAUCGUGCACUCCGUGCUUCUAUAUCGUCACCAUGAUUGCCACAGAAACUAUUGUGCCUACCAGAAAAUUGAAGAUCAAGUUCUCUACCAAAAGGAUAGAGGUUGAUCCUGGGCAGAAGUGUGAGUUUGGGCAGAGAGGGUUGCAGACUGAUGAAAAUGGGCGCUGUAACUCAGCUGAAAAGUUGUUCAAGCCAGAUUCCAUCAAAAGGGGACCACCCGAGGGUUUUGAGGGCCAAAAGGAGAAAAGACAGAAGAUUGAUCGGAAAGGGUCUACGCAGUGUGCUGCAAUCCUAAAGUGUUUAAUGUCCUAUCCGUAUAGCUGGGUGUUUAACAAGCCUGUGGAUCCUGUGGCUUUGAACAUUCCAGAUUACUUUGCAAUCAUAGCUAAACCCAUGGAUUUAGGCACAAUUAGUUCCAAGCUGAAGAAAAAUGUUUAUUCUUGCGUAGAGGAGUUUGCAGCUGAUGUCAGGUUGACCUUUUCAAAUGCCAUGACAUAUAAUCCUCCACAUAAUGAUGUUCAUAUGAUGGCAAAGGAGCUCAACCAAAUAUUUGACAGUAAAUGGAAAGACAUGGAUAAAAAAUGGAAGUGUGAGGAUGAACUUGGGAAAAGCGUGACUGGAACAAUUAAGGAAACUGCGAGAAAAAGUUGCAAUGUGAUGCACCCCCGGCAAAAAGAUACAUUCCCCAAAAAGUCACAAGUAUCUGAACACAAAAGAGUUCUUAAGAUUAGUUCAUUGGCAGCAAGAGAUGCUAAAGUGGAGGUACCUAAAUUAUCACAGGUUCAUUGCAAAUCGAUUGAGAAGGACUUAAUCAAAGGAUCUGAAGAAAGGGACCGGAUUGCACCUGGUGCUGUUGCUUUCAAACAGAAACGUCAGAUUAAAUCUACAUCACCUUUGGAGAGGAAAUCUGAUCCUGAUUCAGAUGGAGCAGUAAGUUCCUUGGAUAGUGAACAUGUAUAUCCUGGUUCUCAGCAUGCAACUCCUGCUACUGAUGCCUCUUCUGGUGAAGUAUGGAGCACCCCUGAUUUUCCUGUACAGCUGUCACCUAAAAAGGCUCUUCGUGCUGCUAUGCUUAAAAGCCGCUUUGCAGAUACCAUCUUAAAAGCACAACAAAAGACACUUCUAGAACAUGGUGAUAAAGGUGAUCCACUGAAAAUGCAGCUUGAAAAGGAGAGAUUGGAAAGGAUUCAGCGUGAAGAGCGAGCUAGAAUUGAAGCUCAAAUCAAAACUGCUGAAGCUGCUGCAAGAGCGAGGGCCGAGGAAGAAUUGAGGCAACAAAGAGAAAAGGAAAGAGAAGCUGCACGUGCUGCAAUAGAAGAGAUGAAAAGAACUGUUGAGAUUGAACAUAAUUUGGAGAUUGUGAAAGAACUGGAAACUUUGAGUGGGUGUACACUUUCUUAUAAGGCGCUCGGAGGUAGAAAUGACUACAAAGUUGCAUUGGAGACCUUGGAUAAGCUUCAGUUUGAGAACCCAUUGGAGCAGCUUGGUUUAUUUAUCAAGGAUGAGUUGGCAGAUGAAGAUGAGGAGGUUAUAAAUGGAACCGUGGAAGAAGGGGAAAUAUUGUAGUUUAUCUCUUAGACAAGGAAAUAGACAAAGACUGUAAAUACAUAUUGCUGUGGAGAGUCUUUAGAUAAUAUUUGCCCUUCUACAUUCUUGUCUGCCCUACUAAUGGAUAUAUGUAAAAGAAAUUCAACUGGAAAUUUGACUCAUGAAAUUUUGUUCAUGAUUUGGAGUGUCCUCUGAAUGUAGAUGAAUUGACUAGUGUCUUUAAGAUAAAGUGGACGUGUAGUGGUGCUUCUGAAAUGUAAAAGAUCAUGUGAAAACCCUGUUUUAUUAACUACCGUUAUUUGUACA